ACAUGGAUUGAUACAUUUGAGCGGAUACAUAAACAUGGGAGACCUGGAGUGUGGCUUUGAGGAAAUGCAAGGAGUGAAAUUGGGCUACCUGCUCAUCAGAGGCAAGCAAAUGUUUGCUUUGUCUCAGGUUUUCACCGACCUGCUGAAGAACAUCCCCAGGACCACGGUGCACAAGCGCAUGGACCACCUGAAGGUGAAGAAGCACCACUGUGACCUGGAGGAGCUGCGGAAGCUCAAAGCAAUACACUCUAUAGCUUUCCACGCGGCUAAGUGCACUCUGAUAUCGCGGGAGGACGUGGAGGCUCUGUAUUUCUCCUGCAAGACGGAGCGGGUGUUGAAGUCCAACAAAAGGAAAGCGAAAGCGGCGUGUUCCCCCGGGGACGAGAGCGCGUCCCCGGGACUCCUCGGUGCCGACGCCGAACUGUGGAAGGAAAAAGUUUUGUUUAGUUUGCACGGCGUCCCGGACACGCUGACGCUCCACAACCAAACGGGCAGGGGGAGAGAGCUGACGCCUCGCCUCGCCGACUCCAAACUACCUCAAUUUUACAACAAACCCACCGGGCAGGAGUGCCGGUCGGCGACCAAGUCCAGUCACAAACACUUUAAAAACUACGAAACCGCGAAAAUAGAAGGGAACCGCGUGACUCUGAGCCAAAGGCAAUCGAUUUUCCGCAGCGCGUUCAGCCGGCAGCCGGCCGUGCGUCAUUCCGCCAUCACCGCUCAGUCCAGGCGCUCAGCCAUCGACCUACUUCCCAAAAGGAAGAGGAGGCGCGAGGGGAGCAGGAGCAGACACGCGCACCACCACGUCCCGCCGGUGCUGCUCGUACAACCCAAAUCACCCGGAAGUCACGGGACCUCUUUCGCUUCUUUCCACCUCGGUCCAGAUUUGUACCUCGACGCUAGACCGCACCACCACCACCACCACCAGCACCACCAUCACCACCACCACCACCACCACCAGCCGGGAUUCCCGGAAAGCUGCAGUAGCGACACCGAGUCCAGCACCUACUCGGACCGGGCGUACCCGGACUCUGACUUCGGCUCCGGCCUCUCCAGCACCAGCAACUCCGCGAGCUCCGAGGAGGAAGAGGGGGGCGAGGACGACGAUGACACGCAGUCGGAGAGUUCAGAGGUCAGCACGGACGAGGAGGAGGAGGAGGAGGAGAGCUCCUCUCAGUCCGACUCGAGCUCCGUGUGCAGCCGCGUUUCGGUCCAGAGCAUUCGGUUCAGACGGGCCAGGGUGGGUUCCGUCCUCAAAGGUCUCAACGCUGGCAAGGCGCCUCUGGUCCUGCAGCCGACGUUUCACUACAACAACCAGCAUCCACCGGGGAGAGCGCUCAGGACCACGGGCCAUGCAGCCGCAACGCAGACCGGCGACGGCGCACAGAAGUGCGAGUUCAAGCGCCUGCAAACUAGACGGGACUUUGUACCCUUACAGCCACCCAAAUUUCACGCCCCCGUGGUGGGGGAGAGGUUGUUCGCCGAGUCCAAACGGGAAACGCCGUUUGAGGCGGAUGCAAACAGGGUCGAACGCGUGGACGAGCCGGCCCCUUUUUCGCGGGGACCCGGCCGGUACAAGGCGUGUGACCCCUCCUGCGGGACACCGGUGUAUCACCCGGGGCUGAGGCUGCAGUGGGACCGGGUAAAAGACGCCUCGGUUCGCGGAUGUGGCGACAAAAGGGAGGCGAGAGCGAGCAGCCUCAACCCGUCCUCUCCGCCGAAAAAAAUAAAGACCGAGCCGGAGGAGCUUUGCGUGACCGGCGUCCCCUGCUCAGACAACGGGGGCCGGGUGGCCAGGACACCGCCCUUCAACCUCCACAACGUGAAAGUUAAAGUGGAGGAGAGCUGUGAUGAAUACGAAUGCCAGAGCCAGGCCACUCCGGUCGACGGUAGAGGAGACGGGACCGAAAGCACCGGCGGCCCGUAUCCCGUGAAACACGGGGACUUUUUCCACAGCGGGAUUAAAGCCACAGAGAAGAGCCCCGGCGUGGCCCCCAUCGCCCAUGAGCACAAGAGCGCGCAGGACAACCCGCGCCUCGUGGAGGGGGGGAACAAAAACUGCAGGGUCAGGGUGCACGGGAAUAAGAAACCUCGCGUUCCCAGGACGCAAUCAAAACCAACGCUCGACAAGGCUGCUUUUUCCUCCUCUUCCUCCGCCUCUUCCCCGUCUCCUUCUCCGUCUUGCUCUCGUCCCACGAGCAGCGAGGAGGUGUCCGCGAAGGAUUUACCGAGCAGACGCAAACGCGUCGCGGCGUCGCCCGCAAAAACGCCUUUCAGCCUGAUUGCGAAUUUCCCUUCCCCGCCGUCGCUGGUCGUCGGCAGCGACGGGGAUCUGUGCCCCGCUUACUCCCUGAACUCGCUCCUGAGGGGCCCCGGGCCUCCCCCUCCGUCCCACCCCGUGUGGAGGUGGCAGCCGGGCGGCCAGAUUUUCCCUCCCCCACUCGCUCAGAGGACUCGGAAAUACUGAGGUGUUUUUUUAAAAGCAAAAAAACAAAAAAAACACGCACACUAAACAAAGGUCCACAUCGUUACCAUCUCCAACCCAUCUUUAGUCCCAAUGAGAGUUCGCAACUUUAAUGCUGAUUAUUUGUAUUUUUUUUUGUUGUGAAUGGGUUUACAAUCCGCUUUGUUUUGUUUUUUAUUUUGAGCGAAAACACACAAGAACCCGUUUGGAGGCUCCGAAAAAAAACGCCCACUGCACUGCGAGACACCGCUCGUGGAUUCAUGCUUAUAUUAAAAACAAAGAGAAACGUGUGUUUUGAAUAAGCUAUCGAUCCUCAAAACGCAAUGGCUUCUCGUUUAUUGUGUUUACUUGACUAUUUUCUCCGUUCCCGACCUGUUGGAUUGUAGGUUCCAGGGUUUCAGUGGGUUUGUGCUUUGUCUGGAAGAGGAAAAGUGUUGAACAAAAACAAACAAAAAACUUGAGUACUGAGGCUGCUCUUAAUCUAGCUGGAACUGGGAGAGAGUUUUCACUUGGCUAAUCAAAAAGAAAAGAAAAAUCAGGAUUUCCCAUCUUGUGCCAUCUGGUAUAUUGUAUAUAUCAAAGCUGUGUUUUCCCCAUGUGUCCAAGUGAUCAGUUUCAGAGAAUUAUUAAAAAUUGGUUUAAUGCUGUUUUUUUAAUUAUGAUUAUUAUUAUUAUAUACAUUCUCACAGUUAAGCCUCUAUUAUAUUUUACAGGAACGUUCAUGGUGGUUUGGGAUCUGUUGUUUUCUUCUUCCUCUUCUUUCCUAGAGUGCUUUUGAUUUUUUUUUUCCAGUCUUCUUUUUUUACUGCAUCCGAGUGUUUCUGGUUUACAUUUGUGUGACUGUGCACCGGCCCAUACACAACACAGUGUCCAGACAAUCAAAAAAAAAGAAUAAGGCUCAGACCUUUACAGCACGUCAGACUCUAUUCAUGCCCCCUCGCCUCCUCCUCCCACUUCUCCUAUUCCACUUGGCAACCCAUUUCUCCUGCGCACCAUAUUUGUGCCAGGGGCAGUCUGUAUUUGCGUUUAAAGCACGAACAUGAAUUUGGACGAAAAAAAAAAAGAGAGGACAACACAGACAUAAUAACAACGUCCAAGAAGUAUGUGGAUGGGAUUCAGGAGUCACAGUCCGGAGGGACCAGGAGAGAAGUGGGCAACACCAGAACAGCGUGGACACAUUUCGUGGGAGGCUGAAAUGCGUUGCACUUUGAUACUGUUGAGGAUCCCGUUUCAGCUUCAGGGUUCUCUGACCAGCCUAUGAAAUGGUGCCGCUGAAACAACGAAACGUGCCACGAUGGGUCUUCCUGAUUUUUCUAUCAUUUAAUAAUCUGCUUUUCCCAAGCCAAGCUUGUGCAUUGUUCUGUUCUUCUUAGCUGGAGUCAUCUUCAUCUCACCUGGAAAAGAAGAAAAAAAAACGUCAAUUGCUUCAUAGUAUUGGACACCCUCAAUACUGUCUUCUCCUGUUGCUUUCUUGUCACGCACGUCGCCAUCUCAUUAUCUCUAAUGAAUAUGGCCGCUCUAUGAAUGUAGAACCCUACCCCCCCUUUACGCCCCAGAGCUGCUCAAUUUACUCCCCAAAUGCAGCAACAGACGUCUCAGUGCCCCCCCCCCCCCUUUAACACGAGCAAAAUGUAGACAUUGACGCUGCACCUACCCGUAGGUGUUUUAAGUAAACGCGUGGACGUUUUUAAUGGCUGCGCAGGAAGCGCUCUCCUAAUUGGCAGGCUUCCCCCCCCUGUCUGCGACAAAGAGAGGCCCAGCUUAUGGCGAGCCAGGUCACAACAAACCCAAAGCCCGUGAAUGAUGUCAGCCCCCUCGCAAGCAGCAAAGGGUGCAUUCAUUCACAGGAUUGUACAAGCGAUUUAAUAUGCGAUUGUAAAAAUACUGAAGAGGAAGAAAAAAAAAGUGAGUUUUUACUUUGCUUGAAUCAGUGCGGAUACUAAAAGGUGUUUUAGCCCCGCGAUGAAAGCCCCACUGCAUCCGCGCAGCCCCCCCCCCCCCCCUCCCCACCACCUCCUCCUCCAGCUCACCGUGGGCCUUAUAGUUGUGAGGCCGGAGCGCCCAUUCAAACUUGAACUUAUAUUAUGAGCCUGUUAAACCGACUUGUUUUUGCAGCCGUGACACAAGCUGUGGAGCAGGCUUGCAGUAAAGCGGAGGGGGUUGCACGGAGGGGGCGAUAGAGAGAGAGAGAGAGAGGGGGGUGGCUGGCGAAGCUUUCAACCUUUAAUCCGCAUGUCAAAAGCAUAGGCUGCACGGCGGAGGAAGAGGCAGAAUAGCCUGCGCCCGCAGUGCGGGGUAAUGCUGCCCCCCCACCUCCCACCCUCUCACACACACCCUGUGACGCCGCAGCCCUCUCUAACGCGGGAGCUCACAAUGCCCGGCCGAAGGGACGGAGAUGGUGGGUAACGGCCUGUUGGAAGGGGUCUUUCCGCCGGUGGGACAAAUAGCAGCUCCCUGAGAGUGAAGCUAUCAAUGGAAGGAUCGCCUCGCGCAGCAGCGCGCGCGCCCACUCCCCUCCUCGCCCUCCGCAUUCGCUCAUUUACUUCACUUUUUGGAUACAAUAUACUUUAGGUCAUGUUUUUUUUACAUGCAAUUUGAAGUCACUGAAUAUUUAUUUUUGUGGACUUUUCUGGGGUUUCUCGUGCAUUGAUUUCUGUUGUGAAUAUAUAUAAAUAAAUAUAUAUAUAUAUAGAAAAACUGCACUCAAAAUGGAAACUUGAACGGUGGAUUUCUGAAGCACUUUCCCUUUCCUUUUUUUUAUUUUAAUUGUUGAGCAUUCAUUAAACGCAACUGAGUGUAA